CAUAUUAUUGCUGUAUAGUGAACAUCGCCCGUUCCCUCUCGUCAGAGCUGAGAAUGCUGAGAUCUCAGCAUCAAUGUCCAGUCUAGGCUAGGAAUUAGCUUCAAUUUCCGCCACCGCAGCGUAGCUGCCCCAGGGCCAAUGCCUAGUGCGCAGAAGGUACCAGUUCUGGAGGCUGUCUCUGCUAGUUAACUUAGGGUACAUAUCCGCUUCCUGGAGCAAAUAUUUGGAGAGCGCCCGCUUAGCCUUUACAAAAGGGUUCAGUACCGCCAGUCAAUUGCCCACCCAACGCCCGAGCCCCGCCAUACCCCUGGGGGUUUGCACCACUGCAGCAACAACAGAGGCUGAAAUCAGAGCUAACUCUCCAUCGAAGACGCACGAUCGCUGCCCACUCCGCUUGACCCAGGGGCAAUGGACAAAUCCAUCGGGAAGGACAACAGCCCAGGGAAAGCCACACCGCAGGAAACAAAAGAGGGAGGGAGCUGCGGGCACCUCUGCUGCCAGGCUGGGCUGGCCCCCGCGCGGACGCCAGAGCCGUCAAGACUCACGGCCAUGGCCGAGGAACCUGCCACAAUUUGUUUCAAUGAAGAGGAUUUUUACUGUCCCGUGUGCCAGGAGGUGUUCAAAACGCCUGUGAGGACGGUAACCUGCCAACACGUCUUCUGCAGGAAAUGUUUCCUGACAGCAAUCAGAGAAAGUGGAACGCAUUGUCCUCUGUGCCGGGGAACCGUGACUAAAAAAGAAAGAUCAUGUCCCAAAAGGGCUCUAGAUGUUGAAAACAACAUGAAGAAGCUUUCUGGGUGUUGUAGAUGCUGUGAAAAACAGGUUAGGUUUUCUCGCAUGAGACACCAUUAUAAAACAUGUAAGAAGUAUCAGGAUGAAUAUGGUGUUCCAUCCGUUAUUCCAAACUUUCAGAUUUCCCAAGAUUCAACAGGGAACAGUAAUAGGAGUGAUACAUCUACAUUUGAUAACGGAGAGAUGGCUAAUCUUCAGACACUUCAGGGAGAUGCAAGUGCACAUCCCACAUUCAAAUGCCCCCUGUGUCAGGAAACCAACUUUACCCGGCAACACCUACUGGAUCAUUGUAACAAUAGACACCUUUAUCAGAUAGUUCCUGUAAUUUGUCCAAUUUGUGUGUCUCUCCCAUGGGCAGAUCCCAGUCAGGUUACUAGAAAUCUUGUUAGCCAUCUAAAUCUAAGACACCAGUUUGACUAUGGAGAAUUUGUGAAUCUUCAGCUUGAUGAAGAAACCCAGUACCAAAAUGCUGUUGAAGAAUCUUGUCACGUGAAUAUUUAAAGUGUAGGUCCUCUGCAUUUUACUGCACUCUGAGGGAAAAACUACAUGAAUCCAAUCAGUAAUCUGAAAUGUAUAUUAAUAAAAAGGGAAUUCAGUAUCUGUUUUUUCAGGUUAAAUAUCUUUUCCAAGAACGAGAGAGUUUUUAAAAUGUUUUUUGAUUAGACAAAAAUGGAGUAAAUUUUAUUACUAUAUUUCUUAAUUCUUCAUAAUUGAUCGUACAGCUAUUGGAAAGGUGUUAAGUCAUUUUACUGAGAGUAGAGUUCUUUUACUUUAAGUAGGGACCUUGCUGGAGCUAUUCACUGGUGUCUUUUGAUUUGUGUGUAUGUUUUCAUGGUUUUGUUGAUCUUGCAGUUACAUUUUUGUUAAUGCCAAAUUCGGGGGUGGGGGGUGGGAAUCAGAUGCGAAGAUGCUGUGUUGCACUUUGCUUUUUAUAGUCAUGGUUUCAUUUUCAAAAUUAUAUCCUCGAAUAUUUGUGUGUAACUUUUGUUUAAAGCUGCAGUGAUAUUUUUACUACCGUAAUUUCUAACAAUAAAAGUGAGAGUGGCCAUUAUGGAAAGUUGAAAUAGGUGUUUUCAAUAGUGCACCAUUUUAGAGCAGAUUGGUUUCACUUGCAUCGCUAAGAAGGAAUGCUAUAUCAUGGCCUGAGGGAAAUUAUUUCUAUUUUGUUAUUUCUCUGGGGUAUCACUAAAAUAGGACAUCUUGCUUCCUGGGCUGAGGGGCUAUGAGCUCUUCCCACACAUCCUGCAAAUUGGGGGGAGAGGAAGUGCUUUGUUGCUUGUGUUACUUGACAGUGAGCCUUGUGAAUGAUUUAAGGAUAACAUUCAGAGAAAGUCUCUUUUUGAUACAUGAAAAAGGCCAGAGUGUUUUGCCUUUAUAAAUUAUUUUUCUGGUUAGUUACAUUAGAAAUCCAGGUUGUAUCUACCAUGAAAAACAGGGAAGACAUUAAACUUGAAAACUGGUAGGAUUAGGACAUAAUUGGUAUCAAGGCAUUGAUAUAUGUUUUGUCAGUCAUUGUUUUAAAACUUUAACGUGUUUGUAAACCUGAAUAACCAGUUGGGGGGGGACGGGGGGAGGGAUCUCCCUAAGAAGAUUCACUAUCUCCAUACCUUACACUAAGGGCUGCAGAAGUUCCUAUUCUAGUUCUCCCUACCUCCAAGAUGAUCUCCAAUAAAAACAGGGAAGGCAAGACUUGAUAUUCCCACAAUUUUUUAAAAACACAAGCUUUUAUUUUUAAGUUUGGACCUUUCAUAUAAAAGAAACAAAAAGCCCUAUUUUGUUCUCUUGCAUGUCCCUUAAGAAAUGGCUUUAUCAGGUGUAUAGAGAAUUAGGAUGUUUCCAAGUGUUUUUCCCCAACCCAUAUCCCUAACUGUCAUUAUUGUACAUGGGUGUUGUGUACAUAAAAAAAGAGUAUAUCCAAUAAUUUUGCAGUGCAGUUAGUGAUCUGAGUAGUGGUAUUAUCUAAGCACAAGCAACAGUACAAAUGGCGUUCAGGUGCCUAACUCAUUUGUGCCUUUGGAAAACCUCCUCCUAAAAGGUAUGUGAUGCUAUUUCCAAACAAAGUAAUCUGGAGAAUGCAAUGCAUUUUCCUUAAAUGCUUCAUAUUCCAGAUCUAUCCAGACUGGAAUGUAUGUAAAGACCAGAACCUACAGUGUAAAGAUUUUCUAAAUUGAAACCUAAUUCUGUGGUCCAUUCGUGGGGUGGUGGGGAGAGGGCGGUGUAUAUAUAGAGCUAUAGAGCCGGAUAUAUACUAAUUAUUUGAAAUGUGUAUUCUCUAUUUGAAAGUGUAAACAGAUAAUAUACUAUCUCUCCUGGAGGCUUAAAUUGCCAAAAAUAUAGAGGAAUGGGCUGUUUCACAGAUCCCCUAAAGUUCCAGCCUGUUUACAAUAUCUUAAACAAAAUUUGAGAGGGGGGGAAUAAAUUUCAAGGUAUUCCACUGCUAAAAAGUUUGUAAUUUAAAAAAAAAAAAAAAAAAAAAGCUCAGAACAUGCUGACUCUUCUACUGUGAACACUUCUUAUAGAAUGUGUUUAUUUUUCAAAGUUUAGUUAUGCAUACAUUUGUUCUCAGAGUCAACAAAAUACUAAUAUAGUGGAGAUGGCAAGAAAUGCCUAGAGCCAGUACAGAUUAUUUGAAUCAUUCUGAGAGCAACACCUGAUUGACUCUGAACAAGUCAUUUCAGCUACCUGAACAUGUCUUGAGAACUGUAGUUUAAAUUACGUAUGUUUUAAAACACUUACUCGGAGACUAAAAUCCUUCUACUGUUACAGCAAUAAUUAUUCACAUUUGAUGUGAUUACUAAAAUUUUAUUUCAGAGUUUAAAUGUUUUGAGAUUUGAAUUCAUAUUUUAAAAAUAACAAAUCCUUUUGGAAUAUGUUACAAGGAAUUUAAUCUUUGAACAGUAAUUUUCAUUUAUUGCAUUCUAUUUUGUGUAUUUAAAUGCAGUAUAAAAAUCCUUAAUGGCUGGGUUGUUUCCCUGUUUUGCAUAUGGUAAACUGUAUAUUGGCAAAUCUUUCUUGUUUAAGGUUUUAUAUUUUUACUAUGGUGAGACAGCCUCCAACUACGUUUGUUUUAGAUAACUGAUGAAUGACAAGAAAAGAAGCAGUUUGGUCAGAUAUUAUACUGCUGUUGUCAUUCUCUUUCCCUCUCUGCAUCUCAAGUGUACCCAUGAGGAGGCUGUGUAUUGGUGGUGAUUGCACUAAAAUGUGCAAAUUUUAUUGGAAGCGUGCUGUUGAGAAACCCUUUUAUUAACGCAUUCUAAUGUACUGAUGUUGAAGACUGUGUCUGAUGCUUGAAUUGUACCCUCUUGGUUUUCUAUUAAAACACUUUAUUUUC